AUGAGCAAAUCGGAAGUCGAAAUUCAAGCUUGGUUCUCUGAAUUGAUUCAUGACCAUCAGAACCAUUUCACGGCUCGAUGGGCGCGAAAAUACAGUGAAAUCACCGGAGUCGAAGUGGAUUUGGUGAGCGAAACCCUUUUUUAGUCCACAAAACACGAGAAUAAUCAGAUUUUUUGCAGCUGGUGAAAGGCACGGUCCUUUUCGUGCUCGGGCUCCUUCUCGUCAGCAAAGAGCCCCACUACCUGGCCAACUUCCUUCUGGUCUCCGCGCCGAUCAUGGUGACGUUCGUCGAGAAAUCGCAGCGCCCGUCGAGCGGAAUCCUCUUCGUCUACUGGUCGCUUUUUGGGCUCUCCGUGCUUUUCGACCGCAUUCUCGAGCACAUUCCCUGCUUUUACAUCCUAAAAUUGGCGCUCUUCGUCGCUCUCUUCCUGCCACCCUCCAUGCCGACCAUUGAACGUAUCCGCCAGAGAAUUGAGGGCGAACAGAAAAAUGAAUAA